AAGGGUCCUGGGGGGGAUGCCAGCAGGGCCCACCUCGGGGACCCUGGGCUGGUUCCCAGACUCCUGGUGGACUUCCUCCAAGAGAGACAUGCAGGUACCAGUCAAGGGCACUCAGUGACCGAAUUUAACUCCUGGGGGGUUUUCCCUUUCCUGACUGACUUGGUGCUUACACUUGGUGCAUUGCACAACUCCUCAGCACAGGAGGCCAGCCCCACCCUUCCCUUCCGGUGUGGCUCACCUCUCCACCCCCACCUCUCCUUUGGGUUCAGGGGACUGGAGGAGGAGGGAGUGGAGGAGGCUCCCCCAGGGGCAGGCUUUUCAAGAACCAAAACUCUUCAAGAAAGGCAAAGCCAGGUGUGCCGUCGGUGGGACGGGCAUACCCUGGUCCCUGGGUUAGAAUCUGGGGGAUGAUGGGGUAAGUGCCUCUGGGUGUUCCAAUCGCACCUCACCUGCACCAGCAAGGAUGAAAACCUUCUGACCACAAGGGCGGCCGCAGCGCCUGGCUGUCGAGCCAGAUGGGUGAGCCCUCCCCACCAGCACUGCCACCAAGGACCCCGGGAAGCCCUCAAGGCAGGGGACUGGCCUGCUGCCCCGGAAGGGGACCCAGGUCUUGCCAAGAAGGGCCCUGCUGUGCAUUUCCUUUGGCGUCCUUGCGGGCAGACAUUUCCUGGCCACAGGCGGGGCCGCUCCCCGCAGGGCUCUCAACAGCACCCCAAGCACGCUGACGCCACGUAUCUGCCAUGUCCUCUCGGCCCCCGGAGAGCAGCUGGCCUGGGCUUGUGGGAACCUGUCCGUCCGGGAGGAGCAGGGGCGGUUCAGAGAGUUCCUCCUUCACCCUCACAAGAUCCUGCUUAGGGUGUUAAACUCAGGUGGGGCAACAGAGGCCCAGGAGGCGCCUCCCAUCCCUGCUCCGGGUCACCUGGGUAGACGUCUGUCUCAGCAGUGGACAAACCCCUCGCUCACUCAUUCAUUCAAGUCACUCAUUCAUUCAAGUGCCAUUUCCUGACAACCUACUGUGUGCCCCGCACCGUGCUAGGCCCCGAAGCGACUGCAGUGAACCAGGCCACCACGGCAGGGAGUCCCUGGGGACACUCUGCAGGGGACCCACACACAACACCCCGCCCACCUCGGGCAUCAGGACAGCUUCCCAAAGGAGUUGGCGUCUGAGCAAGAUCUGGAGGUUGAAUAGACAUUGGACAGGUGGAGAGGGGGGAAGAGUGUUCCUGACAGAGGGAACAGCAUGUGCAGAGGCCCUGGGGCGAGUGGGGCUGGAAGGGGUACAGGUGGGUUGGCACUUGGAGGGGAGUGGAGGGAGACGAAGGCAAGGCAGGCCGGUCGGCAGAACUGGUGCUGGCUGCCAAGUGGCAGAUGGACCGCAGGGAACCCAACUGGAGUUGGUGGAAUCACUGUCACCCAAGACGGGGACGAGGAAUGGGGAGGUGGAGGUGGAGAUGAAGGGACUCAAGACAGCCAGAAACAGGAUCUCCAGGACUCCGUGCUGGGGCAUCAGGGAGAAAGAUCCGUUUCUGAAUGUCUGCUAGGUUUCCAGCUGGGUGAAUGUCGACGCCACUGACGUGGAUGGCGAGCCCCCGAGACGAGGAGGAUUCUCCGGGGAGCGAGGAGAGGAUGGGCGCUCAGAGGCCAACAGGCCUGCCUCCGAGCCCCCACGCACCCCUCCACUCCCUCCUGCUCUCCUGCCGCCCUCACUCCCCUCUGCUUGGAGGAGGCCUGAGACCUGAGCCUCGGAGCAAACAUUCCCACUGCCCUUGAGCACUUGCACCAGGCAGAGGACCCUCGGAUGGCCUGGGCACCUCCUCUGGCCACCGGCCUGUCCAGCCAAGGUCACUUCUGACCAGCCCACAUGCCCCUCACUGAACAGAGGCGUUGUUGGUGGAUGUCUGCUCGGGUCUCCGCCCCUCCCUCUGCCUGGGACCCCUCUCUCAGGGGGUCUCCGCGGCCCUGGAGCCUCCAGCCAGGGCUCCAUCGUAGGUGCACUCAGUUCUCUCUCGGCCCCUCUCUCCCUCUCCCAGACCUUGAGCAGAAGAUCCUGCAGGUGCUGAGGGACGCCGGCUCCCCUGUGAAAGCGAUCAAGCUGGCCAAGGAGUGUGGAGUGUCCAAGAAGACACUCAACCGAGUCCUCUACCGGAUGAAGACGGAGCUCAAAGUCGACCUCGAAGGCCUGGCGACGUGGCGUCUGGGCAAGGGCGAGACUGGAGGAGCGAUCCCCGCAGAGCAGGCCCAGCCCAGCCGGGCAGAGAGACCCCUGCAGGAAGCGGCUGCAACUCCAGAGAACCGUGCCUCUCAGCUCGGUGAACGGCGUCUGCAGGAAAUGAUCUACAACUUUCUGAAAGCCGAUGGGCCCCAUAAGGCCUUGACCAUCACGAAAGCCCUGGGAUUAGAGACAAAAAAAGAAGUCAACCACAACUUGUAUGACAUGGAGCGCAAACACCUCCUGCACCAUGACACGAAUUUAGAUGUGUGGGCAGUUUAUCGACCAGAUUCUGGAAGAAGAAAUCAGCCCACCACAGUUAUUUACCAGCAAAAUCCCGUCACCAUGAUCUGUCAGAAUGGACCAAACAGCCAAAUUUCCAUCCAGAAUUCUGAAGGCAUCCAGAUUGGACAUGGGAAUACCAUGGUGAAACAAAUGGCCUCUGGGGAGAACGGUUCCACGGCUCCCCUCCACCUCCCACCAACAGCACCAGCUGAUCCCUCAGCUCAGGGUCUCCCGGCUGGAGCCUGGGGCCCCCAGGACAUCCACCUGGAGGAGUCUGUGCUCAGACGGGUGCAAAUGGGACACGGCAACGAGAUGAACUCUCCCAGCGCCCCGGCUGAGGGACCUGCCCGCAGCCCCUUCGGCAGCCACCCAGUCUCUGCCACCUCUGCCGGCCCAGAAACUGUGUUCGAAACGCAAAUGCCCGAACCAGGCCCCCAUCCCAGGGGGGACGUGGUCCAGAGAGUCCACAUCAGUUCGUGCUUCCUUGAGGACACCACCAUCGGCAACAACAACAGGAUGACUGUCAGCCCAGGUGCGGCGGGUCCAGGAGGAGUCACAGGACCUGGGGACAGCAGGUGGGGCCCUGGGGAGCCUGGAGAGGACACAGAUCCUGCGCCCUCCGGAGGUGAGCGCCCUGGUGACGCAGGUCGUGCCGCCCCUGUCAGCUUUUCCACGCUCAUCUGCCAGCUAGAAGCUGCGGCUCUUGAAAGCAGGGGUCCCGAAACCGAAACCAAAACCAAAACCAAAACUGAAGAAGACGACUGCUGAGUGGGGAGCCCUGGGCGGGUCCGGGGAGGUGGGCCCGGAACAGAUAGGGGCGGGGUUGGGGGUGGGAGGGUUUUGAGGGGGUUGCGGGGGUGGGAAGCGCGCAGCCCUGGGGCCCGUGCUGUCUUGUGCUCCAUAAACCUCCUGUUUGACCUGCU